AUGUUUGCAUCAUUCAAUGGUCAUCUUGAAGUUGUUCAAUAUCUUAUCUCUGUUGGAGCUGAUAAAAAUUCAAAGACUAGAGAUGGAAAGACUGCACUCUCAGUUGCAAGUAUAAAGGUAAUUUUUUAUCUUAUGUCUAUUGGGGCCAAGUUAACAUAA